CCCCAUGAUUAUGAGAUACUCGCACCACUCCCACCUAUAUAUUUUUAAAUACAUCUAAUAUUAAUUUAAUCAAAGUAAAGCAACUUCAAGUUCAAUUCACACUCUCUUUUUAACUUGAAGUGACAAAAUCCAACUUGGGUGGGCAAAAACGCUAAGGGAAUGUUGGCACACAGAGAGCAACAUCUUCCAGCAUCAGCAGCAGCAGCUCUUAAAGAAGAGCCAGAGGACUCUGCAUCACACCUGGAUCUUGACAUGCACAAAUUGACUACUAGUAUUCGAAAGAACAAGAAAAGAUUCACCGAUCAACAAAUCAAGUCGCUGGAAGUUAUGUUCGAAUCGGAUUCAAGGCCCGAGUCACUCACAAAGCAACAGCUCGCCGGUGAACUUGGAUUGCAACCUCGCCAAGUCGCCAUCUGGUUCCAGAACAAGAGAGCCAGAUCCAGGGCCAAACAGAUCGAGAGAGACUACUGCAUACUAAAAGCCACCUAUCAAAACUUGGCUUCUAGCUUUGAGUCGCUCAAGGCAGAGAAUCGGACACUACUCACCCAGGUAAAGAGACUGAAGAGUCAGCAAGGAGAUCAUCAAAGAAUUGGCAAUUCUGGGUUGAAUGAAACUGAAAAUGAGGAUGAUGUUAAAUUCGAGAGCAAAGAAACUGUGUCUGCAUCCAACAAUGAGCAAAGCCGCCAAUAUGGAAGUCGUAUACAUGAAGCUCAAUUUAAUCCCAGCGACGACAUGAGCAGAAAUAAUGGUGAGAACUUGGUCGAAAAGGAAGCUGAUAUUUUGUCCGUUGACUUGUGCAGUUUCGAGUCCGAUUGUUUUGUUGAUGAGUCCAGUUGUUCGCAAUGGUGGGAGUUCUGGUCUUGACUCUUCUUUGAUCAAUCAUGUUUUGGCACUUGGGGGUAGAAAGUCUUUAGGAAAACAGGAGGAAAAUAAUAAUAAUAAUAAUAAUAAUAAAAGCUCAGCGUAAUUCUUUUCACUA